CCAUGGCCGGUUGUUGUCAGUCCCUGGCAGCGGGUUAUGGCGACGGCGGUGAAUGAAUUCUCCGGGCGGCCGAGGGAAAAAGAAGGGCUCAGCCGGCUCCAGCACCGCGCCUCCGGCCGCCGGGCCCUCGCCCUCCUCGCCGCCCGGGCCGGCCACCCCCGUGCCGCCGGCGGGGGCGACGGCGGCAGCGGCGUCCCCCCACAAGCGGAACCUGUACUACUUCUCGUACCCCCUCUUCGCCGCUUUCGCCCUGCUCCGCUUCGUCGCCUUCCAGCUCGGGCUGCUCUUCGCCUGGCUCUGCGAGCGCUUCUCCUGCGGCGCCCUCAUGGCCGCCAAGGGCAGCAGGGCUGGAGCCAGCGACGCGCCCGAGCCCGGCGGGGCGCCCGAGACGGUGCGGGCCUGCCACAAGCGGGCCUUCGAGUGCAUCUCCAUGGCGCUGCGCAUCGACGAGGACGAGAGAGCAGGACAAAAGGAACAAGCUGUUGAAUGGUAUAAGAAAGGAAUUGAAGAACUGGAGAAAGGAAUAGCUGUCUUAGUAGUUGGUCAAGGUGAUCAGUGUGAUCGAGCUCGACGUCUGCAAUCUAAAAUGAUGACAAAUUUGGCAAUGGCCAAGGAUCGCUUGCAGCUCUUAGAGAAGCUGCAGGCAGUUUUGCAAAUUUCCAAGCCGCAAAUGGAGGUCUAUAAUGACAGUACUAACCUGGCAUGCCGCAAUGGACAUCUCCAGUCAGAAAGUGGAGCGGUUCCAAAAAAGAAGGAUCCCUUAGCACACACGAGUAAUUCCCUUCCUCGUUCAAAAACUGUUGCAAAAACCGGAUCCACAGGCCUUUCAGGUCACCACAGAACACCUAGCUACAGUGGGAUAUCAUCAUCUGUGUCUAGACCAACACCUAACCCUGCAGCUUCAGCUCACAAGGUUGCUCCUAAAAACAGUAGAACAAAUAAGCCGUCUACUCCUACCACUGCUCCUCGAAAAAAGAAAGACUUGAAGAUACUUAGAAAUGUGGACAGUAAUCUUGCUAAUCUUAUCCUGAAUGAAAUUGUUGAUAGUGGGCCAGCUGUCAAAUUUGAUGAUAUUGCAGGGCAGGAACUGGCUAAACAAGCUUUGCAAGAGAUUGUUAUCCUUCCUUCUCUUAGACCUGAGUUAUUUACAGGACUUAGGGCUCCUGCACGUGGUUUAUUGCUGUUCGGCCCACCAGGGAAUGGGAAGACAAUGUUGGCCAAAGCAGUUGCUGCAGAAUCUAAUGCUACUUUCUUUAAUAUAAGUGCAGCGAGCCUAACUUCAAAAUACGUGGGUGAAGGGGAGAAACUGGUGCGUGCUCUAUUUGCAGUAGCCAGAGAACUUCAGCCCUCUAUAAUAUUUAUUGAUGAAGUUGAUAGCCUUUUGUGUGAAAGACGAGAAGGUGAACAUGAUGCUAGUAGGCGUCUAAAAACAGAAUUUCUAAUAGAAUUUGAUGGUGUGCAGUCUUCUGGAGAGGACAGAAUACUUGUGAUGGGAGCAACAAACAGGCCACAGGAACUUGAUGAUGCUGUUCUCAGACGAUUCACCAAACGGGUAUAUGUGUCUUUACCAAAUGAGGAAACAAGAUUGAUUUUGCUAAAAAAUCUUCUAAGCAAGCAAGGAAGUCCAUUGACCCAAAAAGAGUUGGCACAACUAGCUAGAAUGACAGACGGAUACUCUGGAAGUGAUUUAACUGCAUUAGCAAAGGAUGCAGCACUGGGCCCUAUUCGAGAACUAAAACCGGAACAGGUGAAGAACAUGUCUGCCAGUGAGAUGAGGAAUAUCAAGCUAUCAGAUUUCACUGAGUCUUUGAAGAAGAUAAAGCGUAGUUUGAGCCCUCAGACCCUGGAAGCAUAUAUUCGCUGGAACAAGGACUUUGGAGAUACCACAGUGUGAAACCCUACUUGAAGUGAAACAAAGUGCUGCCUAAGGAGCAAUUGCUACAGACUACUGGAAGGCAGCCAGUUUACAGGACUUUACAGAUCUUUCAGUAUCUGCAUUAAAACUUGAGAUUAAGAAAAAAAAUUACACAAUGUGAAAUGUGUUCAUCAAAGCCUCCUUGCCAUUUAGUGAGGAUUUACACACUGUAAGUAAGAGCACAAUAGGAUGUGAGAUAAGGUUCCUAGCAAUCCAGUUAUGAUUUGAACAAUAAUACGUAUUUUGUUUCAGCUAGAAGGCACUGAUGGUAUUGAUCAUUGGCAGACCUUUUCCUUAUGUUGUGUUUGUGUGUGUUUGUUUUUAAUUUUGCCAUGACAUCUGUGUCUGGCUUUCUUCCUUUGAACUACUAACUUACAAUUGGAGGUUUGUAAACUUUGGUUCGGUUUUUGACUUUUUUUUUUAUUAUCCUUAAUGUGCCAAAUAAACCAAUUUCCCUUUGCAGAAAGGAAGAACAGCACUGGGGAAUUAUGAUUAUUAAAGUGUAAAAAGCAGCUGGUCUGUUAUUAUUCGUCUUUUUAUUUAGUUGAAAUGUGGCUGUGUUGUUCACAGAACAGUUUUGAAGAAGACCUUUGAUAGCAGAACAGCAAAAAACCCAACCUUAUCAAACCAAUUCAGCCUCUUUUUAAAAAAAAAAUUACUAAAUAAAAAAAAAAGACUAAGACAUUCAUUUACUGGCAGUAUUUUCUCUUAAUGCAUUUUGUAACGUUUCCAUUGGUAGAAUGUUAGCUUAUGCUUAAGGUGUGCAACUUGAAGCCCAGCUGAUGUUUGAGAGUAAGUGAUGCUAAUUGUCAAGUUUCAGAAAUUACGUGUUUCUACUCUGUAUUUUGGUCUGUUUAUGAUAAUUGAAAGUAAAAUUUCCAUUGUGUUAAUUUUUUUAAUCUCCACAUGUAAGCAUUAAAAUAUGAGGCUACAUGUUUAAUACAUGGCACACAUUAAUGUUUUUAUAGCUUUCCUAUGUUUUGGUUUAUAUAUUAAAGUAUGAAACACUCAA